AAAUUGAUGGCUAAUAACAACUCAUUUGUUGGCAAUUCUUCACGGCAACAAAUCAAUGGCCAGGUCAUUAUUGUACAGAUUUUGGUGAUGAUUUUUCUUUGCAUCAAUUUCCUGCUUAUUGUAACCGUCUUUAAAAAGGAGUGCUUCUACAGAACUACUCGCUAUAUCUUAUUUGCUGUUACACUGCUGUCUGAUAGCUUUAUGUUAUUUAUGUCUAAUGUCCUGCUCAUCUUAAGCUAUUUUCAAAUUGCUAUGCAUGUUUGGUUAUGCAUCAUUAUCUCUGUUGUGGUGCUUGUGUAUCUUAUAAUCACACCAGUUACUCUGACAGCAAUGACUCUAGAGCGUUAUGUGGCCAUAUGCAUGCCCCUGCGCCAUGGAGAGCUGUGCACCACACGCAGGACUGUUUACUGCAUCCUCAUCAUUCAUGCCCUCAGCUCUGUACCCUGUUUUAUUGUCCUCGCUGUCUUCUUUGCAUCAGCCUAUCUUAAAUUUUACAAACAGUACCAAAUCUGUUCUGUGGAGAUAUUCAUUUUGCACAGAUGGCAGGGUCAUCUUAGGUCAGCUGUACAUCAGUUUUACUUCUUGAUUAUGUGUAUUACUAUUGUAUUCUCUUAUGUUAAAAUAAUUAAAAUAGCCAAAACUGCAUCAGGAGAGAACAGAAAGUCAAUUUGGAAAGGGCUCAGAACAGUAAUUCUUCAUGCUUUCCAGCUGCUGCUCUGUCUCAUCCAGCUGUGGUGCCCAUUCAUAGAAGCUGCUGUGCUUCAGAUUAAUGUCACGUUAUUUAGGAAUGUCAGGUACUUUAACUACAUUGUGUUUAAUCUUGUUCCAAGAUGUCUGAGUCCUCUAAUUUAUGGCCUUCGUGAUGAAAAGUUUUUCCUUACACUGAAAAGUUAUGCCUUCUUUGGCUCGUAUAAGAGAAAUAUUUGA